AUGUUUAGAGCCCAGUACACAUAUGCGCCACUUGCCAACCUGAGCUUCAUUGACCCUAGGACCAGAUACAUUGAUCUGAGUGGUGUGGAUCUACACGACGUCUUCGAUGCCAGUAUUCGUGAUUUCAAAUCCCAUUUUAGGAGUGCAAUUUUUGUCAAGUUUGUUGGAUGCAACAUACUCAGCAUACCUCGAAGUACGCCACCAAGAUCAAAAGACUUCAAGGCUGUUCACCAAUUUGAUUUAGGCAAAAACUUCAUGACAGUGAUCGACAGGUUCACAUUAUUAAGCGAUAUGCCAUUUCUUCGAAUCCUCAACUUCUCUGGAUGUGAGCAGUUACGACGGAUUGAGGAAAGGGCACUCGUCUCGUUGGAAUAUUUGGAACAGCUGGAUCUCUCUUACACCAAGAUCGACCUCUUGCCACCUUUAGAGUUUUCAUGGUUGAAAUUUUUGGACCUGAGGCACACAGCCAUUUCCAAGCUUCGACCCAGUAGUUUUCCAAAUGUACUUGAGGUCUUAGGAGUUGAUGUACCUAUUCAAAAGUGUUCAGCCCCAAUGGAUGCCAUUUCCUCUUGCACAGACCUGAUAUCGGAUCCAUUCAUGCGUCUGUUGCUGUGGUUUGUGGGAAUGACUGCCCUUGUCGGGAACAUCGUCACUCUAAUCUACCGCUUUAUUUGGGAACGAGAUGUCUUGGCAAAACCUUAUGGGAAAUUCGCCACUAGCCUAAGUUUGGCGGACGUGCAGAUGGGUGUAUACCUCAUGAUCAUCGCCUGGGCCGACAUUUCAUACCGUGGAGACUUUGCCUGGAGCGAGAACAAAUGGAGGGAAAGUGACACAUGCAAGUUUGCAGGAUUUCUCUCUAUUCUCUCCGGAGAGGCCUCAACAAUCUUUGUGGUUCUGAUCACUCUGGAACGAUUCUUAGUCACCAAAUACCCGUUUGGUGAAUAUCGGAUUUCAACUCUUGCUGCAUACUUGUCAAGCCUUGGAGGUUGGUGCACCAGCUUUCUUAUCGCCGCUGUGCCUUUCUUCCCUGGCCACGAGGAUUGGGUUCUGUUCUCGGCCAGCAGUCUCUGUCUCGCUGUUCCUUUGGACAACGGUCAACACCCCGGCCGGAUCUUCUCCACGGUGGUAUACAUGGGCAUCAACUUUGUCAUGUUUGUGCUGCUAGCCGGCCUGCUGCAGAUACUGAAGGGUGUGGACAACAUGCAGGGCGCCUAUGUGUGGACGGCUGUCCUCAUAUUGCCCAUCAACUCAGCCCUCAACCCCCUCUUGUACACACUGCCAAGCAUAAAGAACAAAUGGAAAAUGCACCGGAAGCCGAAAGAUAUGGAGACUGAGAGCAAAGACGACACAACUGAAAAGUCAACUUCGUUGGAUGGGAUCCUGGAUUCUCCAGAGGGCAUUAUCAGGUGUCUUAGUCGAACUGCCAGCCGUGUGGGCUCCUCUGAUCUGAAUCAGCAGCAGGUAAAUGCGCUGAUGGAUCUCUGGGACAGUCUUGGUAGAACUCUGGAGAAGGCAUCUUUUCAGUCAACAGCGGAGAAUAGCGAGAAGAGACACUAA